AUGUCGCGGUCCUUCUUGGUGGAUUCGCUCAUCAACAACAAUCACCACCACCAUCACCAUCACGGGGGCGGCAAGCUGGGCGUGGACAGGUCACCCGCCGCCCCCGAACAUACUUCCCCGCCCCCGCCUCCGCCCCCGACAUUCCUCGGCGCCGGCGCGCCCACCUUCUGCCCGCCCUCCCUCGCCGGGUACUUCCUGUCGCUGGGGCGGCCACCGCCGCCGUUUCACCCGUCGCUCUACUCCAAGGCGGCGCCGCCCCCGCCGCCCCCGGGCUACCCGCUCUUCUGCAGCGUGACGCUGGCCGCGGCUGCGGCGGCUGCGGCUUCGGCGCACCCGCGCGUCGUGCGACCCAUCCCGGUCUCGAACCCGCGACGACCACCGGCGCCCCCGCCGCCCCCGCUACCAACCAUCGAGCCACCCGCCCCCGCGUCCACCUCCGCCUCCGAGGACGACCGCUGCGGCUCUCCGAACAGCUUCUCCGCAGCGUCGUCGAGGAGCCCCGGGGGCCGGGAGGGCAGCCGCAGCCCGCGGGAGGCGGCCGAGGAGCAACCCGCCGCCGCCGGGGGCAGCAGCAGCAGCAGCAAGCGCAUCCGCACCGCCUUCACCAGCACGCAGCUGCUGGAGCUGGAGCGCGAGUUCGCCGCCAACAUGUACCUGUCGCGCCUGCGCCGCAUCGAGAUCGCCACCUGCCUGCGCCUCUCCGAGAAGCAGGUGAAGAUCUGGUUCCAGAACCGGCGGGUGAAGCACAAGAAGGAGGAGGCGGGGGCGGCGCAGGGCUCCGAGGCGGCGGGCCGGUGCUGCUGCCUGCGGUCCUGCUCGUCGGCCGCCAAGAGGCCCAGGGCGGAGGAGCCCGCCGCCCCCGGGGGCGAGCACCGCGCCGAGCCGACGCCGCCGCACUGA